AUGGGUUCUGUCUGCUCUGCAAUCGGCCGCGCUAUCAACAGCGUCAUCUCUGCUAUUGCCCAUGUAUUCAUGGCUAUCGUAGGAGCGUCCUCGUAUCCAUCUGGAAUUUCUUCCUCGAUAUCAUCUGCUGCCGAUGCGGCUCUCGCCGUAGGUCUGGAGGGCGUUCAAGAGCGAGGACGUAUUAGUCAACGAGCAUCUGAACAAACAUAA